CGUCAUGCGGCGCGCGGAGCUGCGGAGGUGAGAACGAGAGAGGGAACAAGAGGGGAAAGGAAGAAGAACGAGAGGAUAGAGGGAAGGUAGAGGGAGAGAGUGACUGAGAGGGAGAAAAACGACGGGAAAGAGAGAAAGAGGGAAGGGAGGAGGUAAAAGAGAAAGAAAGGGAGCGAUAGAGGGAAAGAGAAGAGCGAAACAGAGAGAAUGGGCGCCAGGUGAAAGGUUGCUAAUCACGGAAGCAUGAGAGAGAGGACUGGGGAAACAACAGUGAGAUGUUUUGGAAGGUGGUAUGAUGGAAGGAUUGGGAAAGGAAAGGUCCAUUUGUAACACAGGGUCCUUUCCAUGGCUCAAUCGUUUAGACGGCAAAGCACCAUCCAGGGUUUGGAAACUCACCGACUGCUUCUCCUCCCUCAAGCAAGCUCCCCCAGCUUCACAGCCACAGAACAGUUACAUGGAAGUCCGUAAGCCAGUGUUGGAGCUGAAAGAUGUUCCUCCCCCUCCGCUUCACAGUGCCUCGCAGCAGCCUCUUCCUCUGGCAUCUCUCCCUGCGCCACCCCCCUGCCACCUUCCACCUCCUCCAGACCCACGACCACCACAGGGGCAGCCUCUGCCCCAGCCACAGCCCGGCAGCCCUAAAGUAAGCCUGUGUUCUCGCUGUGAGUCCAGCCUGCACUUCCAGCAAUGCCCUGGCUCUCUUGAAGCCAGAGCGCACAGUUUUGGUGAUGUUGGUGGUGGUGGAUGUAGCAUCAGCACCAACGCUAAUGCUAACAUUGGUGGUGGCCUUCCUGCACUUCACUUUUCUCACACACAGGGCAGCACCCUCACUGGCCAGCCCACAGUCACCCCUUCCUCCGCUCCAUACCGGCCCUCCCUCCAGCUGCAAACCCCACAGAGUUUUGGGCUCCAGAUGCCAUCAGUAGCCACGUCUCAGCCCGUGGCGGCCCACUCCCACUGCUCCUGCUGUGCGAGCCUCAGGCCCCUUCACGUCUGUCCUUCUCUCUCUGUGGGCUGUGUGCAGUCCAACCAUGUGCCUGGUUCUGCUAUCUCAUCUGGGUGCUGUCGCUGUAGCGGGGAGCGUCAGGCCGAGCAGCACUCCCACUCACAUGGUGAUGCAUCGUCUUCUACUCACCUCUGCUCUAACCCUUUACACCUGAAUGUCGAGCACACCACGGUCCACCUGAAGGGAGCACACUACUGCCACCAGUGUUUGAGUAAGCCCGUGCAGGGUUUGGGCGCCGCUGACUCUGUGAAGGUUUGGCCAAACAUCCCCCCUCCACAGGCCCAGUCUGCUCCUGUGCCUGUAUGUAAUGGCUGCGGAGUGCCUGGAGCCUCCACCGAUGGCAUUCAUCUGCACACUACCAGCCUGGGCAAAGUCAAUCAGAAGUAUGGCUCUCCUGAAAGCGGUGGGCAGGAGGCCCUUCCCCCAGUGGGUGUGUUUUGGGACAUAGAGAACUGUGCCGUACCCAGCGGGCGUUCUGCUGCCACAGUGGUACAGAGGCUCCGGGAGCGCUUCUUCCAGGGCCAUCGCGAAGCCGAGUUCAUCUGUGUAUGUGACAUCAGUAAAGAAAACAAAGCUGUCAUUCAGGAGCUCAACAACUGCCAGGUAACAGUUGCUCAUAUAAAUGCCACUGCCAAAAAUGCUGCUGAUGACAAACUCCGGCAGAGUCUGCGGCGCUUUGCUGAGACACACACGGCUCCCGCCACAGUCAUCGUGGUUUCUUCUGAUGUGAACUUUGCCAGUGAAUUGAGUGACCUACGUCAUCGUCAUGGCUUCCAGGUCAUCCUGGUGCAUAAAAGCCAGGCCUCACCUGCUCUGCUGCAGCACGCACACCUGCACGUCCCAUUUGAAGACUUUGUCUCAGAGCUGCCUCCAAGGAUGCUUAUGAAAUCACAGCCCUGUUUCAACCUCCUCUUUGUGCACAACCUCCCCACACACCGCGAUGCCAAGGCUGUCAGUAGCAGGCUUCAGCGCCUGUCAAAUAACUGCGGCGGGAAAGUACUGGGUGUAUCUGGUGGCACUGCCGUGCUCCGAUUCGCCAGCGCUGAAGCGGCGGAACGUGCUGCAAAGCGCAUGGAGAAUGAGGACGUCCUGGGGAAUCGGAUCACCGUCUCUUUUUCCCCUGAUGGGCCGCAGCAGGAGGAGGAAGAGGAGCGGAUUCAGCUCCCCACCGCCUCCUCCUCCUCUGCUGCCGUGUUCCUCCCUUUGGAGAAGCCGCGGUCACCACGGCGCCCCAGACGGGUGUCCCGGUCCUGCCAGAGCGGCAGAGAUGUGGGGGUGAACAUUCCGGAAAGACCUUACAGCCCAAGGAAAGGGGGGCAUGCCUCUUCCUGCAGCCCAGUGAUGAAGCUCCUCCCCCAGGAUGUAAGUGGUGUGGAGUCUAGGCCCAGGACAGGUUUCGCUCUGGAGAAAAGCCGUGCUGCAUCUGCAUCUCCUCAAAACAAUGGCCUUACCUCACAACUGCAGCCUGCCAAGCCUGGCUUUCCCACUGAACUUCUCCACCGUGGCCGCAGGAGAGACUCAUGUAGCCUGCGAAGUGUUACAGACUCUCCCAUGGAGCCAUUCCAGGUGAGCACGCCGUCAGCCUUCAGCAAACUCAACUUGCACACUUCCUUCAGCCCCCUGAUGUUCUCCCAGGGUUCCUCAAGGAGUACAUCACCAUGCUUGUCAAAUCGCUCGUCCCCACUGAGUGUUCCGUCUCGUAGCCCCUGCCCAGACACCCAUCCUGAGCCAUUUUCAGACGGCGCAGACAUCCAGGUAGCCAACCUUGACUACAGGAUGUCUCGCAAAGACCUCCAGCAGAUUUUGCUGGACACUUUCGCCAAGCAUGGCAGGGUGAAGAGUGUUGAGCUCAGUCCUCACACAGACUAUCAGCUCAAAGCUAAAGUACAGAUGGGCUCCUUGCAACAGGCUAUAGGAGCCGUCAGCAUUCUUCACCGGUACAAGAUCGGCAACAAGCGCAUUCAUGUCUCCCUCAUCACCGGGGCAAAUAACAAGUCUCUUGCCUGCCUCAGCUCGGAGAUCAUUAGUAUUCUGCAGGAUUCUCCAGCCAACUGUCUUCCUCUCUUCAAAUUCACUGAAAUUUAUGAGAAAAAGUUUGGCCGUAAGCUGGUGGUGAGUGAGUUGUACAGGCUGCCGGAAGUGGUGGCCGUUCGGGAGCAGGGUGGAAGUCGCUUGGUGUGUCUUCUGUCCAGCAGCCUCGCUAGACACAGCCCCCUGGGCUCCUCCCAGUCUCAUGAUGGAUCCUCCACCAGCGGCAGCCCUGUGGUGUUUGAGGAGCUGGAAUAUCACGAGCCUGUCUGCAAACGUCACUACACACAGCACGAUUUCAGUGAGGCAGACUAUGACCCUGACACGUACAAGAUCCCGUUUGUGGUGGUGUCUCUGAAGGCCUUGGCUGCUCAUGUGCACAGCCUGUUGCAGUCUCAUGAGGGAACUGUUCCCUUGCUCAGUUUCCCAGAGUGUUAUGCAGCAGAGUUCAGUCCGCUGACUGUGGCGGAGGAGGGGAAGUUGGAGGGGAGCGUUCCAUUGGAGCACUUAAUCACCUGUAUACCUGGCAUCACCAUAGUAACUGCACAGAAUGGUUUCAAGGUCAUCAAAUGGAUUCACAACAAACCCCCACCACCCAAUGCAGACCCAUGGCUGCAGCGCUGUAAGAGUCCAGUAGGUAACCCACAGCUAAUCCAGUUCAGUCGGGAGAUCAUAGACCUGAUGAAGAGCCAGCCAUCCUGCCUGAUGCCCAUCACUAAAUUCAUCCCAGCCUACCAUCACCACUUCGCUAAGCAGUGUCGAGUCUCUGAUUAUGGCUAUUCCAAACUGCUGGAGCUGCUGGAGGCCGUACCGCACGUACUACAGAUCUUGGGCAUGGGCUCAAAGCGGUUGCUGACCCUUACGCAUAGGGCGCAGGUGAAGCGCUUCACUCAGGAUCUGCUUAAACUGCUCAAGUUUCAGGCCAGCAAGCAGGUGGUCAUCAGAGACUUCAUGCAGGCCUACCACUGGUGCUUCUCCAGAAACUGGCGAGUGGUUGACUAUGGUAUUUGUGACCUGAUGGAUCUGCUGACGGAGAUUCCAGAUACCACAAUCACUAUCACACAGCAGGACUCUGACACGGUCAUAUCCGUGCCCAAGAGAGAGCGGACAGUAGAGGAGGUGGAGCGCACAAAACAGUUCGGAAAGGAAGUUGUGGAUCUGCUGCGGCACCAACCACACUUCCGUAUGCCUUUCAGCAAGUUCAUCCCUACCUACCACCAUCACUUCGGCCGUCAGUGCAAGCUUACAUAUUACGGCUUCUCCAAGCUAAUGGAGCUGUUUGAGGCCAUUCCAGAUGUGCUUCAGGUGCUGGAGUGUGGGGAAGAGAAGGUUCUGGCUCUGACAGAAAUGGAGCGGGUGAAGGCUCUGGCAGCUCAGCUGGUGAAGCUCCUGCGUGCUCAGAGAGAUUGUAGCUUGCCUGUCAACCAGCUAUUGGCUGAGUACAGCAAGACCUUUGGCUAUGGCCUCCGCCUGCAGGACUAUGAUGCCAACACACUGCCCGCUCUGCUCUCUAAGCUCUGCCAUGUUGUCAAGGUGGUAGACGGAGCUGAAGAGAAGGAGGUACAGCUCAUCAACAGGAAAUCUCUGCGUGCACUGACAUCUCAGCUCCUGGCUGUCAUGAUGUCCCUUCCAGAUGAACACAAUUGGCUGGGAGUAGAGGCACUGCGCAAGCAGUACGAGUCGAUGUAUGAUACUGCACUCAACCCCUGUGAAUACGGAUUUGUCUCACUCAGUGAGCUGCUCAAGAGUCUGCCUUACUUGGUGGAGCUAUUUGAGGGUGAGAGUGAUGAUGGUAGGGCUGAAGAACGAGUAAGGCUAACUCGCCUCUACCAGUUCGCCAGAAACGUUCGAGCCCUUCUACACACCUACCACUACAACCAGAUUUUCCUGACCGAGUUUUGGGGCGCCUUCAGCAAGUACACAGGACGAGAGUUCCAGCCUCGUGAUUAUGGAUACAACACUCUGGAUGAGCUUCUGGCAGCCGUACCACAGGUAGUGUGGAUCAAGGGUCAUGGCCACAAGAAGAUCAUAGUCCUGAGGAAUGAAAUGAAAGCUCGUAGCAGCCCUGCUAACACAGAGAGCCCCCAGCCUGAGGAGGUCCGAGAGAGUCAGAGCCCUGCCAGCACUCAAGAUUCUGGCACACACAGCCCAGGUGGCAGCACAGGUGAUGCAGAGCUGCUGUGCCUGAACUCUGCCUCUCCUGUGGACCUGCUAUGUGGGCCAGUUCCGUCCUGCCUGCCCUCGCCUCAACUCCACCCCGACCCAGUUCUGCUCCAGCACAAAGACCUCAUCCGCUUCGAGGAGCACUCACACCUCCAGCCUCCAGAGGGAGCAGGCCAGUGUCAGCCAGUCCACGACCGGCAGCCACAAGCAGCUCUGACACCCAGCAACUAUACCCCAGAGCGUCAUGCAACUUCAGAUAUGGAGAACGGAACGCCGGAUGCAUCCACCACUGUCACCAUUGUGUUAAGUGUUAGCGACAGCUCCUCCUCUUGUGUUCAAGACGAGAUCGGGUCGAAGACUGCUGAUACCAAUUCACAUGGUACAGCAGACUCGACUGUGACCAUGCCACCACAAGCUCCAAACCUCAAACCCUCAGCCACGGACAGCCCCAGCAAGAGACCCUUACGGAACAAAGUCAGGCUAGCGGCUAACUUCUCUUUCACCACAGCCCCUUCAGUCUAAAGCACUGUUACCCAUAUCAGGUCCUGGCAAGUCAUAGCGUGACAUGCUUUUGUGUUUGCCCUGCUCAAAUAUACCUAGUACAGUUCUUGAAUGGCCUAGUUGAAUUGAAUCAGCAUGUUACAGCAGGGAAAACGCUGAACUUGUUAGUGCUAUGGCCCUGCAGGAAUAGGUCUGAGUAACGGUAGUCUUAAAGGUUCACUGUGCAAAGCUUCUCCUUGUGCCACCAACAUUCUGCUGCUACUACGUCUUUUGCUUUGCAGGUCAUCGGUUCAACACUUAUUCGCAUUUAUGUCACAUAUUUAAAGCCUUUUUUUUUUGCACCAAAUCAUGUCGUUCUAAAGCCAUCAACAGUCUUGCGGUAUUGUUUAUCUUCCUUAAAAUUACAACCUCAAUUUGUUUUUUAGGAGGGAAAAAGAAAGUAAGUGUAAAAAAAGAAAGAAAUAAGUUAGCUGUAACUCAGGCCUCAGCUUUUAAUGUUAAAGGGUACAUCCACCCAAAAUAGUUCUCUGUUGCUUUGGGAAUCAUGAAUGUAUUAAUUUUUUUUGCCAAAUGAAUUUGCAACAAUGUGAAGUUAGACGUUAAUGACAUUUUUAAGUUCUCUGACCCUCCUCUGCCUGCACACAAUGUAUUAUGACUAAAGGAGUUGUUUGAAUCAUAGUCAUAUCUAUGAGACAAUUUUACAGCAUCGUAAUAGUUAUAGUUAGUUAUAGAAAAGAGAAGCUCAAGAAUACGUAACCCAAUGUUUUGCCUUCCUUUGUUUUUGUGGGGCAUCUGUAAUUAAUUCUGUAGUGUAGAAUUCUUUAGAAUUUUAAGAUCUAAAUCUGUUUUUCCCCCAAGAGCUAUUUUAUAGUAGUUUUCAAAUGUGUUACUGCAUGGGUCUUGAGUUUUGGUGUAACCAAAUAGGAUUGGCAUUUUGUUAAACAUCUUAAUGGUGCAGUUAGUUUCACGUCAAUGGCAGUCUCAGUUACCAGACGAUACCUAAGUGUUAGUUUGAUCUAGGUUUUCAGCCUUCUAGGGCUGGCUGACUACAGAACAUGCAUGUAGGAUAAUGUCGAGGUUGUAUGGUGGAGCUCCUCAGCCAGUUUAAAGCAUGCCCUCCAAAAUCUUAGGCAGGUUGGCGUAUGCAAAACUUCUGAGUGCUGGCUACAGUGGUUGAAACGGAGGUGCUGAAACCCUUCGUUGCUGCUGGAGGCCAAGCGACAGCUCCUUUUCGGUUUUAGCGAAGUAGACUGCAGCUUAUACCCAAGUAGGAUGUUUUUGUGUGAAAUUUUAUAUGCACAUGGUGCAUAGAUAAUUUCUUGUGUGAUGCUUAAAAGGAUGUGACUAGGUUAAUAAGCUGCAUAUCGUUUUAAUUGGUUUGUUCCAUGCGUUUUCACCGCUGGAUUAUGCUAACAAGAGCUUGUAUUCAUCUUCUUAGCUGUUCCUUGGGAAAUGCCAAGGUUGUUUUCUUUAACCUUGAUCAGUUUCUUUGUCUGUUGGUCGGUUGGUCGGUCGGUCAUUCACUGCUUAUUCUUGACAGGGGAGUUCAGCAUGUGUAAUUUAUAUGCAAGUUGGGUUUUAAAGUACUUGGAGUGGUGGAGGGGGUUGGAAAAUGCUCAAGAUGAAACAUCAUGGUAUCAGAGGGACGCACAUAGGCCCUUUUGAUUUUCUGUGGACUGAGCCAGGCUUUUACAAUGGCUUGUAUCAGCCUCGGCACCAUGGGAGAAGAAGAGAGCAGUGCUAGAGUGUUUUCCUUCCCCUACAUCCACCCUCACUGUGUUUAUAGUUUGUAGAUUUAUUUCCACGUGAGGUCAUUUUGUUUAGUGUUUCGAAGACUUAUCCUGCAUGGUGUUGAUGCUGGGCUGUCCCAGUAAGAACCUAGAUUGAAUGUCUGAGCUGCCAUUAGGGUCUAGAUUAGUGCAGAGAGGACUGAAAAGGCGAAGUUGGGAUAAUCUUCCCCAAAUGACUUCCUUUUUUUAUUGUGAGUGUAUGCAAUUCAUUUUGAAAAUGUAAAUGUCAGGAUGGGCUCUGGCCUGUUGGCCUCAAACUUGCCUUUUUAUUUGUAGGUGUUUCAGUUUGUGGGCUUAAUGUAAUUUAGUGCAGUCUAAUUAUAUCACUGUGCUUUCAGUUUUCCACUCCUAAUUUACUGACCCGCCAGCACAGGGUGGCUGCAUAUACGUCCCAAGUGAUUUACUUUCAUCCAGGAUGUUUAAGUGAGCAUGAUUAAAAAUUCCGACAGGAUCCUUUAGAGCUGUAUUUUUAAGAAGAUUAUCAAAGGCCUGAUAUUUCUUUAUCGGAGACAGCAGCAUUGCUGAGUCACACCGGCCUUAAGGAGCCCUAAAUUAAACAUUAAAUUUGCUGUUUGAGGACAAACCUUCAUCUAAAGCUGCACAGACCUUAGUUACAGCUAACUUGGAGGACAAAAAGUAAUAUACAUUUUUGUUGGUCUGUCUAUAAGUAAGUGCUAUCCUUGUUUGCCUAUGCACAUUUGCAUAGAUUCAUGCUGUAUUAUUUGGUUGAGGUUUACAAAAGAAAGUUAAGUGGAGAACUUGUUGUAAUUCACUUUCGUACUUGGUCACAAGUGCUGUUUAGUUGCGAUGUGGCUCCGUUCCAGCGUUUUGUUUCGUCGUUGUGAUUUAGCCACGCAUGUGUUUCAAUGUACUGUCUCUGUGCAGUAAGAGCAGUUGAAACAAAUGUAUUCUUGGUGUUUUUGUCAAAAAUUGGAUGUGUUGGAUUUAACAGUUCCAUCUCAGUUUAUAUAAGCAGGACUGUUAGGUUUAUUUUUCCCUAUUCAGUUAGACAUCUAGCAAGUACCUUAAAUUUGGAAACUACUUUGAGGUAAAAUGAUGCCGAGACCCAAGAUCACUGUAUAAUAACUGUCCCAUCAGCAGCAGAAUGUUGCCACGUUAUCCUGAACCCCUCUGUCGUACAAUCUUUAGGUUCUUCUGCUAAGUGAGCUUAAGUUGCAUGUUCUUCACUGUAUUGUUUCUUCAUCCCCUACUCGACCUGCUCCCUCAUGGAAUCACUGUAGCAGUUUCACUCUUUUAUGGAGUGAUCAAGCCAUUUCUGUUAAUAAAUUUCACAAGCAUCA